AUGCAAUUGAGGCCUUUAAUAAAGGCCUUUGAUGUCAAGAUAAGCACCUUAAAAGAUCGGUUGAAUGGAGUCAAAUCUCGCAACGAAAGGGAAGCGAAUAAUCGCAAGCUUUCUAACAACGAGGAAUCAGUAUUGAAGCGAAAGAUCCUUGAUAUGGACUCUCGUGGAUACCCUCUUACUAUUGCAAAGGUCCGUUAUCUCGCAGAAUGCCUCCUUCGGGCCAAAUUGAAGCCAUUCGAAUCGUCCGAACCUGCCUUUAUCAGCGUUGCUUCAACUGCAAGGGUCGUAUGUGGUGCAGAAUCGCGAGAAUCGAAUGCUCGAGCGAUUCAACCCGGUAAUCGCGAAUGGGCCACUUCAAUCGUCACGAUCAGUGCAGCAGGAUACGUUCUACCGCCGCAGAUCAUCUUCGCCGGUAAGCUUCAUCAAGAGAAGUGGUUUGAAGCUAUUCCCAAUGCUGGCGGGUCAACGGGGGCCGGCGGGGGCAUCUUCCGCUCCGACGCGCCAUUCCACUUUUCGGCCCCCACCGCAUUUCCAUAUCGCUUUCUCGUAUUCUCAGUCCGCUUGCUUAUAACCCACAACACCAAGACUGUCGUUCAUCUCCAAGGCUAUUCUCCAUACAAUCCAGCACCAUGGAUGAGAAGAAUUCUCCGUCCCAAAAAGAAGGGUGAGAUUAUCCCUCCGACCAAUUCUCUUCUGCCACUUAUAACUCCCAGGCCAUUGUCCCGGCUGCCCCAGGAUUGCCUGGUCACAAUUCUGGACCAGCUCUCGUUGAAUGAUGCCUUGGCCAUCUCGUCCACCUGCAAGGACCUCAGUGCAUCGGCCACACCAUUUGCAUACCGCAACAUCUCGUUGGACUGGACCUCCCGGCCGCUCAAAAGGCUCCUGCAGCUGCUUCGGCUGGUCUUCCAAGACCCCGAGCUGGCAUCCUGCGUCCACCAUCUCAGCCUCGUAUCUGCACCCGACGCCGAAGAAUGGGAGGACACCCAGCCGGAGAUCGACUGGGAAACCGAGUCAGAGUCUUUCCACGACGUGCUGGACCAGUCCAUGGGUCUUGUUCGGCGCGCCCAAUUCGCCGAUGCCGAGACCUGGCAUCUGCCGAUCUACGGGGGUAAUAUCUACUGCCUUGCAGCGAUCCUCCUCUCUCAGCUGCCCAACCUAAAGUCGCUCCAUCUAGAUUACUCGUUGGUCUGGUGGGAUGGGUUUCCGGGCAUGAUGAUCAAACAGGCCCUCCUGUUCCCUAACGGGACCCUCCCUACUUUUAAAGACCUCCAGGUUGUGGACUAUGGUGGAAAUGUCCCAAUUGCCGAGACAGAGGAUACGGAUGAGGAUGUGUAUACGGACAGCUAUCCUGCGUACAACCCUAGCCAGUUUGCGGGCUGGUUAUGUCUCCCGUCUCUGCGCUUCUUGAACCUCUGGAUGCGAGAUCUCGACGACCUGCAGGAGAUGAAACCUGAUCUGGAUCUUAGAAGUCUAGAGACGCUCAUCCUGCCCCGCGCCACGAUCUCGGAUCAGGACGCGAACUUUCUGCUCUCGCGGGCAUCCAACCUCAAAAAUCUACACCUCGGCAUGGCCUAUGCUAAUCGACGCGAGCUCGUGGUAAGGGACGCCCCGAUGCUAGCACAGGCCCUGGUCUCCGUCAGCCCAACGGUACAGAACCUCUCACUCGGGGUGGAAUAUUACCCGUCCAGUUUAGGCGAUCACGUCUGGGGUGACGCCAAUGACCACAUCAAGGAAACAUUUUCCCAUAUCCUGCAUAAUUUCUCGAACCUCCAAACAGCCGAGAUGCCGCUUUGUGUGCUGCUAGGCUGGUUCAUUGAUCGCGACAACCCCGCCCAGCUCGGCCCUCUCCUACCAGAGUCUCUCCGCGAACUGUGCCUGCGCGAUGACCUACGGAGUAUGUAUGAUUUUCACUGGGAUGAGGAUGAAGAAAUUAGCCUGCUACACCGCUUUCUUGUUGACUGGCGUGCGUACACCCCGGGACUGGAACAGAUCACCAUGCGUCUCUGGGAUCAGAACCAUACAGAGUUCCGCAAGGAGAAGGAGGAGGCGUUACGCUCCGCGUGUGUUGAGGCAGGCUUGACGCUUAACAUAGUUGUGGAUGAUUUGGGGACCGGGCUAUGGAGUCAGAAGGUUAUCCCUUGA